AUUGUCAAUGAUGUAUGCCUUCGUGUAGACCGAUUAUUCAAGGUUGUUUUUUUAGAUUUUGUUUAAUAUGUUUAACUAAAGACCUGACCAUGAAAACACAUCGUUCGUGAUAAAAACGACCGCACUUAAGCAAAACGUGUCAAGCAACAAACAUUUGUGGCAUUCAGUGUCGCUGGAACCGAUCAUGUGAGUUACACUCAAACUGAUUAUUUAUUUAAAACAAAUUCACCAUGUCGGGACACAUUUCACAAGAAGAGGCCGAAGCUGACAGAGUAUUAAUGGUGAAGAAGAUCCUGAGUGCAGCAUUCUACGCGUUCGCUUCGUUCAUGAUAACGGUAGUGAAUAAAACCGUACUAACUUCUUACGCGUUUCCAUCCUAUCAAGUUUUAGGCUUAGGACAAAUGAUAGCCACUAUUACGGUGCUUUGGUGUGGACGUUCUUUAAAAUUGGUGAAGUUUCCGACACUGGACAGUGGUGUUGCACGCCGUAUUUGGCCACUACCAUUGAUUUACAUGGGAAACAUGGCUACAGGCCUUGGUGGUACUAAAGAACUCAGCCUUCCGAUGUUCACUGCACUGCGACGCUUCAGCAUACUUAUGACUAUGAUUGGUGAAAGGUUCGUGCUUGGAGUCAAAGCGUCUUGGCCUGUUCAGGUCAGUGUUCUGGCAAUGGUGGGAGGUGCUUUACUGGCAGCCGCUGAUGAUGUCACAUUUUCAUGGUCAGGCUACACACUGGUACUAUUAAAUGAUGGUUUCACUGCGGCCAAUGGAGUAUACAUGAAAAAGAAAUUGGAUUCCAAGGAACUUGGCAAGUAUGGGCUGAUGUAUUACAAUGCAUUAUUUAUGAUAGUUCCAGCUGGUGUUAUUGCUUGGUGUACAGGUGAUCUGGAACGCUCCGCUGCCUACCCUCACUGGUCUGACAUGCUAUUCCUUAUUCAGUUCUUGAUGUCAUGUGUCAUGGGUUUUGUGUUAUCCUACAGUGUCAUGUUAUGUACACAACACAACAGUGCUUUAACAACCACUAUCAUAGGUUGUCUUAAAAAUAUCUUUGUUACUUAUUUGGGUAUGAUUAUUGGUGGGGACUAUGUGUAUUCAUGGCUCAAUUUUGUUGGUUUGAAUAUCAGUGUACUAGCGAGCUUGGGUUACACCUAUGUGACAUUUAAACGUAAACCAGUCUCAUACAUGAUGCUAAAUGAAGCAAACAGUAAAGUUGAUACUGUAUAGCAAUUGAUGAAGAGAUUCCAACCAAGCUCAUAUACUUGCUGUAUUGCGUAGAGGUUGAUGCCAAAGAAAUUGAUUAUAAUAUUGCCUAUAUCACCAUAUUACUUUAAGUAAUGUGAUAGCUCAAUUGAAAAAACAUCACAUUUAUUUUAUUUGUACUCAUUAUUGUAUUAAACAUGUUUGUUCAUGUUAAAUUAUUAUUUAUACAAAAUUCUUACACAUUUUGCACUAAUAUGUAAGGUUUGAGAGAGUUUAGAUUUAAUUAAAUAUGUUAAGUAGUACAUAUAAAAAUAAAUAUGCACCGAUAUAUUAAAUGAGUUACUAUUUGAACAAUGCAAUACAUAAAAAAAUUGAAUUUAAAAAAAAAUUUACACUUGAAAAUUUAAAAAGUACAUAAAAUAUUAAUUUAGAAUUAACAAGGUGUUCACUAUGAUAUAAGAUAACACUUAAUUGAAAUGAUGCAUUAUUUUUAUUAAUAAUUAUUUACUUAAAAAUAUAAACAAAUUUGUGAUGUAUUUGGUUAUAUUGUAAUGAUUAUAACUUGCUAUACUUGGGAUCUUGAAAUAUUUGGCGUAAUUGAAAAUAAUGUGUAUUGUGUACACUGUUUCUAUACAGGGUAUUGUGGAGUAUUUCCCAUAACUUCAAAAUGUUGACAAGUCCACAUAUAGGAGCCAAACUGCAUAACUAUUUUUUUUUUAACUGAAAAAACCUUUUUUUGUUCUCAUACAAAGUGAUCAUAGCGGUAAGACUGUUGAUAUUGAAGAGAUACUGCAACUGGUAGUCAUCAAGCUACUUCAUGAUAUUUACCAGUGAAUAAGUUUGGCUAGGUCAUAAUAUAAGAAUGCGAUAUAAGAAACAAUUUAAGAUCUAUUUACAAAAGAAAUAUUUUUUAUAAAAAAAAUAAUAUAUGUUAAUAUUCCUGUUUAAUAAUUUUAUCUUAAAAAAUGUAACCCUAAAGUUAUGGCAAUUACUCCUGAGCACACUGUAUACAUAAUAUACGGUUAAAUUUGAUGAUAUUUGUACAUAUAUAUAUACAAAGUACAAUCAUCACAAAUUGACUGUAAGUUUUUACCCAGAAAUGAUAAAGUACAAAUUUCUAAAUUAUUUAAUUAGGUUGAAAUAUUUACUUACAAGCAAAAGUAAAGUAAUGACAUCUUUAAAUACAUAUUAAAAAUAUAAAGUUCUAAUUCUACCUGGUAUAAAUAAAUGCUUUUAAAAUGCUGAUCCUUAGGUUGACGUCAGAUGAGUGUCUUUGUCAUAUUAGACAGUAAUAAUCUCCAUCUAAUAUAAUAAGAGAUAAUCUAAGAAUCAUCUCAUCAAUUACAGCCUUCAAACAAAAAAAAACACGCUUCAUAAUUAGACAGUUUGUUCAGAAGCUACAAUGCUGCACACAAACACAUAGACGCACACAGACAUGUCAAACUUUAACCUCCAACUAUUACUUACAACAUUAGGCCUACAAUAUGUGAACAUAUCUCAUGAAGAGAAAAAAACCAUAGUAGACCAAUAGUGGCCGAACCGGAAAUACCGUUCUCUCUUUCAUCCUAUCCAUACGAAAGAGAGAGAGCAAUAUUUCCGGUUGGUGCUAUUGGUCGACUAUUUGUCAUUUUGACGACAUUGGUAUGUAGUGAGCUGUGGCGCAUGUUACGAAUAGGACUUAGGCAGUAUUAAAAAUCUUAAAAACAACUGCAUGUUUGGUCUAGUAACUAGUUCUUUAACUGUGUAUCAUGUAGUCCUAGGUUUGCGUCCAGGGUGUGAUAAAAUAUAAGUAAUUUGUGGCUUUAUUGAAAUUUCUGAUGAUGAGAUGAUCCUGAGAUAGGAAGUUGGUGGUGUUACAUUUCCAUGGCUUAAAAAACACGUUAAAUCUAUAAUUGAAAUUUAAAGUUUAACAUUGCUUAGAGCUGCAUUAUGGGUUAAAGCUGCACAACCGUGUCUCCCAUAGAUAAAACCAUAAAGACUGAUUUGGAACAAGGACGAUUUAUUUCACCUUCGUAGGUGACACUCGUAAAUUUUUAACCAUUAUCGACGCCUUGUACUGUCGAUGUCGAAGUUGUAAUGUACAACUUUUAUUGUUGAUAAAUAUGUAAUGGUUUUUUGUGAUAUAAACAUUCUUAAAAUAGAUAAAGUUAUAAUAGUAACACAAUAAUAGCAUUAUUGUAAAUUAGACAGGCAAUCAUAAUAUAAUAUGACUUAUUAUCUUUAAUUUGCCGUAUCACAUUAAUAUAUUGUGUAUAUAUACUUAUAUAUACAUAGUUUUAAAAAAUUAUGGGAUCAUUAAACAGUCCUAUUAUUAUAUCAGCCAAAGAAGUCUCACAUUGAAUCUAAGUACCAGAUAUUUCAAUUUUAAGUUUGUGCACUAAGACAAGUUCUUUAUAAUUUUCUCUAACAUAGUUUGAUGGAAUAGCAGGUAAACAGACACCACCAAACAGAACAAUCGCAGUCCCGAUUACACACGAGGUAUGAAAGAAUGACUUUUAAAAUACAGGCUGUUUCUAAAAGUUACGAAAAACAUCCCAAUACUUUCCUUGGACUGACAUCAAGCUUUUGGCCUCUUGAUUCAUGGUUAAACAAGCUAACUAGACUAAAUAUACAUUAUAUAUAACUAGUGGACCCUGUCAACUACACCUACAAUACUCUACCCUACCCCAUACCCUACCCUGUACCCUACCUCAAAUCGGUUCAGUAGUUUCGGAGCCUAUUCAAUACAUACAAACAAACAAAUCUUUCCUCUUUAUAAUAUUAGUAUGAGAUACGACGAUGAUUAUUAUUUCUGGGUAAUAAACGCCAAUAUGGAAUUGAUGUACCUCGUGAAAACAUGUACACCACAAUACUAUAGUAAGCUCAUUAUGAAUGGACUCAUAGCCCCUUGGUAAAAGGCGUAACAAUAAAAGAAAUGAAACGAUAAGUAACGUAAAUGAUCGUAUCUUGUUCAUAAAGUUGAACGAGAAAAGAAAGUUUUGAUAGUUAAAUAUUUUUACAGAAUUUAUUUUCCUUUUUUGGUUCCUUUAAUAACCCAAUUUAAAACAAACAAUAUUGGUUAUUUCCAUUAUGUAUUUACGUCGUUCGGAAUUUGGGACCCAAUAUCAUUUAUGGGUCAUUCGUUAAACAAUUUCCGCAGUUAAAAUUAGGUCCCGGUAUUUUUUAUAAUACAUAUUUUGUAACUCCGCGUGUGAAGGUAACCGUUUACCGAUAACGGUUCAGCAUAUCUUUAUCUCUAAUUAAAUUUAUGGCUCGAAGAGACAGUUCAUAGUGAGCUUACUAUACUCGUAGUGUAUAAGAAAUAUAGCAAAUUAAUGUUUCGCGUCUCUAAAUACGAGUCUACCUCAAGUAACAGUGUUGCUUUUAGCGAGCCUUAUAACGAUAGCCUUUACAUAUUUAUUCUUUAAGAACUGUGUGUGAAUUAUACAUGUACCUAUGUAUAAUGUUCCUCGUUACAUAUUUGGCCGAAUCUCUGCUGCGCUUAGUUUGACUAUUAUAGUAAAUUCUCAAGUUCGAUAAGAGGUCUUACAAGCCAAACUUUAGAUCAUAGGAAUGAUUUAAAAUGCACUUGAUGUGAUAUGACAUAAUGGACUUAAUAAUUCAUUAAUUUUAAGUCCUAAAAACGUCUUAGUGAGAAUAUUCACGUAUAAAAUAUUAAAAGCAAUAUUAAAAUUCAAAUUUAUUACGAUGAGCUAUUAGAUAAUAUUAAUUACUAUAUAUUAUAAUUUUUUACAAUGAAGUUCAUUGGAUAUUGUUAUUCGUUAAUGUGUCAAAUGACAAUUAUACAAUGUUAUUUCACAGUGUUCAACAUAAUAUAUUGAAAUUUAUAAAGGAAUGUAAUUUUUACUGGCAUAAUUUUAGUAAAUAAUCAAAAAAAAAUGUAAUUGGCUGUGUUACUACUUUUACGUAACAUUUUCUAAGAGUAAGCAUGAAUGUACAUGCCUUUAAUAUAAGUAUAUACUUUAUUUCCUAUAUAAUUAAUGCCUUAUCAUGAAAUCAUUAUUUAUUGAAAUGUGAAACUUACUUUAAUUUGUAUGUGUACUGUACUAUGCGUCUAUACUUUGCAAAAAUCCAUUCUCCUAACACCUGUUUACACUGCAUAGUUAUGUGUAUAGCAUAACUACGAAUAUUAUAAAUUAAUAAAAAAAAUAAAUGAAUUAUUAGAAAACGCUACUUUAAAACGCAUCUUAACUGUGUUAUCUUACAUUAAAAUGGUUGAUGUUUUAGUUCAUAAUUAUAUAUUUUAGUUCUUAAUUUCAAAAUCAAGAAAUUAAUUAAUUUAUAAACUUUUAAUUAAUUCAACAGAAAAUUAUAUAGCUUCAGAUUCGCUGUGAAGUCUGGUAAAAACAAUUCACAGCUCCUACUUUCUCCUUCCUCGUUAUUCUAUUUAGUGAGUCUAAGACUAAAGACUAAAAGCACAAAUAAAUUAUCGUAAUACCUUUAUUACGAAGUAGGUAUUGACCUCGGCAAGUAAGUUGUACCAAAAUGGCAAAAAAAACAUUUGCGUAUUUACAAUUAUAAACCAAAAUAUUUUGCCGUUUCUGAAAGAACCACAGAAAUUUUAGAAUUUGAACGGCUUGAAUUAAAACAUCACUGGCUUGGCCACGCCUUAAAACUGAUCAGAAGGUAGCACAUAGGUAAGAAGUUAUUUCUUGCUUUUUAGUUUGGUUAAUUUUCGAGUUGGAAGUCGGUUGAAUUUUUUUUAUUAAAAUUUUAUACAUUAAGUAAUUGAAUAUUUCGUACGUUGUGUAAUGUCGUCAAGGUGUUGCUAUUACUCGUCCGUACGUCGCUAACAUCUGAAAAUGUGUUUCGGCUCAUAGGUCAAUGUAUAGGCCGCGUACUGUACAACAUUUUGGUCCGUUUGUGUGUUGUAGUGAACAGUAAGACGCACAUUGGCCUGUUUCUUUUGAUAAUUUAUAUGACAAAAAAUAACCCAGGAUCAGCUAGUUACAUUAUACAAAUUAGUAGCAUUCAUGAAUUUGUAUUGUUAAAAAAAUAGGUAACUGUUUAGUUUUUAAAUGAAUUUAAUGGGAGAAACUAUGGGUGAUUGGAUUUUUGCGAAGUAUUGUGAGAGAUACUAAUGAUAUAUAAAGGUAGUUUUAGUUUUUGUAGUCAUUAAGCAAAUUUCACUAUUUUGAACCAUUCAGCUACUACAUAGAUACUUGAAUAUUAAAUAAGUACCUACUUUAGUAUUAAAUAAGUAGUUCCUUAAAAUUUACGGAUAGGUAAUCUACUAUUCAAAAUAAAUACACUUUUAUUAUAUUAAAAUACUUGCACCUCAUUUUAUUAUUUUCAUAGAACUAUAUGUGUUGUAGUUUAUUGGAAUUAGUAAAAUUGUUUUUUCUGUUACAAUAUAAUUUGUAAACUAAAUUAAUUACUUAGCCCUCAUUCCCAGGAGUUUUUUUAACGGACGUUAAAAAAGCAACAAAUGCAUUCACAAGUAUAUGUUUUUAAAACAACGUUUUUUAUCGAGCAGUUUUGUAUUUUCAAUUUUGGCCAUUGGGAAUAGACCAUGAAUUAAAUUGAGAACGUAAAAAACGCGCCAACUGGGUUUUAACGUAUUGCUUUUUAACUCUCGUGCGAAUGAGGACUUAUACUCGUAUAUUCUUGCGAUUAUAUAUUUUUUAUACUAUGUAAUAACUAUACACACAUCUGAAAUUUGCUAAAAGUGGGUCUUGAAUACGUGAAAACCUUACAGAUACAGUCUAAGAUCCCUAUUAGAAACGAAUUUCAUCCAUUUUUUAAUGAAUGAAAUGGGUUUAAUUUUAAAUUUAUUGCGAGUAGGUUGUUUCUCCGCCCAAAGUAUUAUUACCUCCCGCCCAAAGUAUUAUUACCUAUUAUUAAUUAUCAUUAAUGAUAAUUUGGCCAGGAGAUUUUUAGCCGACCUACUAGCAACAUAUUUUUAACAUCCCAAUUUUGAUAUAAAUUUUUCUUUCAUUAAAGAGAUAGGUGCAGUUCGUUUGUAAUUCGGAUCUUCUACUAAUAUAUUAUCUGUAAGUACGUAUUUCAAUGCAAACAUUUUAGGACCAAAAGAUCCCAAUACUUUUGCAAUGAAAUACAAUUUCAGUUUUGAAAUACAUUUGAAGGAACAUAUUUUCUAUAAAUAUGGAUUUUUCUAGAUUAACUUCUGUUACUGGGAGAAAUUGUUUAAUCCUGAUUAUUUAAACUAAGUAAAUGAAAAGCCUUCUCAAGCAAUAAACGUUCGAGGUCCUUAAAAUCCUAAUUAACCAGGUUACACUUUGUAUACUGUACAUAAGAUGUAUUAGAACAUUCAGUGGCAUGCGCUGCAUCGUAUAAAAAUAGAUGAUACAAGGACUUCCGCACUCGUGCGCUAUCCUUCAAUCACUAAGAAUAAUAUCAUUUUGGAUAUAAUAUAUGCCUUAAAAUUUUGCACUGCAUGCCAAGGACUGGAUAAUCUAUAUGAAUAAGUAAUUUUGGCAUUUUCGCAAUCAAUUAGUGAGAUUUAUAAAACCAGAAUUUUUAUACUAUAUAUUUAAUAGUUAUCUGUAAGAAAUUUUUAGAGAUAUUUGCGCACAAUAUAAAAUUCAAAUAUAUAUAUAUAUUAAGUAUGAAUAUAUUGCAAUGUUCAUUAUUUAUCAUUAAAUAGUAUAAGAUUACACAGUUAAACAAGCAAUACAUAAUUUAAAAAAUUAGGAUUAUACUAAACGUGUGUAGGUGUAAUUGUUUAAGGUAUGCUAUUGAAAUAAUAUAUUGUGACUUGUAAACGAAAUACAAUAUUCUUAAGUAGUUAGUUAAUCGUACAUACUGAGAUAUCUACCUACUUACUAUUAAGUGGAUAAAUUAUUCAAUUCAGUAUUAACUUUCGCGUAAAUAGAAAUGAUGUCACCACAUUAUCCAUACCUUCAACCUCCUUCAACAAAGUAUUGUAGUUGCAUUAUAACAAUCUUAACAUAGCAUUUGCGUCACUUCUGUAAAGUUUACAGGUAAAUAAACCUAAAGUUUUUGAUUACUAAAUGAUAUAUAAAAUAAAAUGUAUAUUGUACACGUAGUAUCAAAAUCAGUUAUGUUCCUCUGAUGAAAAGUUCGAUAUCCCUCAGUUAUAUACGCAACUCCUGAUGUUAUAAGUCGGGCUCUGAUCAUUGUUUUAUACUUAGUAAGUAAGUGCUUGUUUCAUUUUGCGUUUUGCAUUUGAAAAUGAAAUUGCAUAUGCAAUUUUAACACGCGGAACUUUUACUGUCAUCUCAGUGUUCUACAAAUCAAACGAUAUCAUGCUCAUAUUUUUCGUAACUGCAAAAACCGUUGUCGAAAAAAGGACAUCCUUUCUAGAUUCCGAACUUUUACCACUCUCUCGGUGAAUUAGUUUGCGUCAUAUUUUUCCAUAUGCCACUUAAAGAACGUGAAAUUCAACCAAGGUCUAUAUUACUGUUUUGAUGAUUCUUACAAUUUGGAUAACUUAAAGAAGAUUAAAUUUCUUUAAGACGCGGCUUUUAUCUUAAACGACAUUUACAUCGGCGCAUCAGAAGAGUAUGUUGACUCUGCAAUAUUCAAUUGUGACCUCUGAAAGAAUUGUCAUUGACUUUUUAAUCAAACAUUCUAGAUUCAACGUGUCCUGAGAAUACUUCGAUUUUUGAGUGAAACGUACAUAGAGAGAACUUAUUAGAAAGUAGUACUCGUACGUUUUGGUCUCAGACUAAAUACAUAAGGACCUACCUCACUAGUCAUUACUUUUCUGUCCAAGUAUAUGAUCAACGAUCUAAUGCGAUUAUAAAAACUGCUGUAAUCGUGUUCGUCGGUUAAAAACCUCCGUAAAAAUAGCUUUGUGUGUAAAAACGGUCAACAACUUCUAGUUUAGUAUAAGAUCCUAAUCUAAGCUCAUUUUCCUCGAAAAAUGACAGACAAUUUUAUUCGUGAAUUUGGGUGCGAUACUAGUCCUUAUGUAAUUAGUCUGAGGUUUUGAUCAUUGCCAACGCAGUCUGAAAUGAAAUAGAAUGGAAUUGGUCUUAGAAUUCAGCAUAACGAAGAAAAAUAAAUCGAUUAUUUACUAUCUUAUUGAGCUUCUGCAAAUAAAAGCCUGAUUCUGUACACUCGAUCAUUCAAAAAAAGAGACUUUAUAAAAAGUGUAGGUACCAACGGUGAAAUGGUUAAAAGAUUGGGUUUGUUCGUAUUUGUGUAACAUUGAUGCCUUAAUAACUAUUACGGAACUCCAAAAUUAUAUUAAACUAAUUUUAAGUAGAAAUUCUUGUGUAUAUAGAUGUUACGCUUCUAAUGACGUUUUUAUAUCUUAUUUAUGUAGUAUAUAGGCUCUAUAACAUGAUACAUACAUAUGAUGUUGUGCGAAUAUGAGUACGUAGUAGUAGCCUGUCGUAGGAGCGGUUUGUACAGAAAAGGCGAGUGACAAAGAAGCGAUGCCUGUGUGUAAAUUAUGCUAUACUUUUUUCCAUGGAGGAAACAUGUAGGCGUUACAUAAGUCUACGCCACUCGUCGCUUCAAUAUUAAAAGCCGCCUUUUAUUUAUAUUUUUGGCACUGUCUGUUGAAUUAAGAGGCCUAUUUAUAAAAAUCGUAGGCGCGUACAUUACAUUUUAUUAUUUAUUAAAAUUCUACAAAUCUUCUCAAAAAGUACCAUCACUAUCAGAAUUGAAUUACGAAUGUAAUUGAUGCAGUUUUAGGGUUCCGUAGUCCACAAGUUUUUAGUUUGUGUCCGUCUGUCUGUACGUCCGUCCGUCCAUCCGCGGUUUAGCGCAGAGACUAUUACUACUAGAAAGCUGUAAAUUAGCAUGAAUAUCUACACUUAUAAUAAAACUGAAACUGCUCAAAUUCUGUACAUUAAAUAUUUUUUGAAAUUUUCAAAGGCAUAAUAUUAUUAGGCAUUAUAUAAUCGAUAAUGAAGUCAAAAUAUUAUUAUUUGUCUGUCUGUCCGUGUAUCACACUGAAACUACUGAAUGAAAUACAAAAAUAAAACGAUUUGAGACUAUAAUACAAUAAACCUUAAGGGAUACUUUUUCUUGCAAAAUUAAAUCUGAAGUUUUUGUGGAAAGUCCUAAAUUUUUAAAGUUACAUUUGUAAAAAUUGGUAUAUUUAGGGAUAAAUAUUUGAAAAAUCUUGAAUGACAUGAAAUGUCAUUAUGAGAAGAAUACUAAAAAUAAUGUUUUUUUAGUUUUCUUUCAAAUUAAAAAAAAAUCAACAAGAUUUUUCAAAUAUCUAAAAGGAUUAAAAUUCAUAAUUAAAAAGGGGUUCAAUUCUUUUUUAAAUAUUCUUGUUUUGAGUUAUAAGUUUUGUUAAGUUAUUAUUAAUGGACUAAUACAUACAUAUAUAAAACAUGCGUAAAUAUAAAUAGAAGGCGGUGAAGCUUUCAUCGAUUUCAACGCGGACAGAGAUGCGGGCGUCCGGAUAGGUAGUGUACAUUAAAAAAAUGUGAAUAAAGUCGUACAAUAAAAUCUUGAAAAAUAUUUUUUUCCUCUACAUGUAAAGUGGGGAUGAAUUUUAUUUUACUCGUUUAUCUUAUAGUAUAGGGUAUAAUUGGAUAGGUCUUUAAAAGAUAGGAAAGGACAUUUACCAAAAUAUUUCUAUUUAAGGAUCCGUUUGUAAAAUAUUAAUAAGCUUUUAAGAUCUAAUUUUUUUAAGCAUAAUUGGAACUCGAAAAUUGCAUACUGAUUCCGUUGUUAAUUAAAAAGAUAAAGUUGUCAGUAAGAUUACUCAGAGUCUGUUAAAACUAGAAAGCUGAAAUUUGUUACGGGUAUGUACAUUAAUUACGUCUAUAAAAUAGUAAAUAGAAUAUUGAAAAAAAUAAUUUUUGGGGUUUCUUCCCUACACGCAAUACGGAAUAAUCUACGGAACCCUAGACCGCGCGUAGCCCGACACGCGCUUGGUCAGUUUUUAUUUUAGUUUCAGUUUGGUUUUAUUACUUAUUAUUCUUAAGUUUUUGUGUAACUCUACAACAGUACAAAGGCUUUGAGAAAUAAUAUGAAAUAUGAAAAUAUCGAACUAUAUCAUUCAUUUUUGCGAACAUGUUUUGCUGAAAGAGGUAUCUGGUUUUUUAUUAUUAUAGGCUUCAAAGUUAGCGCCUAAAGUCUUGCUAAAUAAGUAACAUGCAUUCAUUUACUCGUACUAGUACAGUCCACGCAUGCGCCGUCAUAUACCUGUCCUACAUUGUACUGUUUUGCUUAUAUGUACAUUGUACAUACACGUAUAUAUACUUACAGAAGACGUCUGAUGGCUUUAAUAUGCAUAUUACCGUGGCCGUACCGCUCCCACUUCACCAACCCAUUUCUUGUCUUUUUUUCGGCUGGCACUUGAAGUCUGUGCAUGAAUACCUUUAUGAACUUUCUGUGUUUUAUUUUUCUGGGACAGCAUGUGGAGUAAAAGAACCAAAGGAAAUCUUGGAAAAUUUUUGCUAGAUGAACUUAGUUAUUCCAUGUAUUUGACAAAGUUACAAUAGUAUACAGUUUUAUGUUAUGACCAGUCAUCUGUGUGUUUAUUUUUGCAUAUUCAAAGCGAUAUCUGUUUUUAACGAUUAACAGUAACCAUAUAAAGACGAAUGGAUGACCAACUUCAGUAUGUUCUUCAUAAAUGACAUUUUCUCUAUUGAAAUGUCCAUAUAGCAAACGAAAAUGUUUUUAUCAAAAAUAGCCUUCACAGUCCCAUUUUUAUGAAAGACUUCUUUUUUUGAAAAUAUUUGUAAUCUUUGCCUAUUGAAUAAGCAAGUACGUACGUAUUUCUAUUGUCUAUCGAACAUUAUAAUUUGUUAAACCUUUCGUCCAAAACGGCACCGAAUCCAAUCACUAAUUGAAUGCCUCAGUAUUUACUUUAAAAAUACCUCCAUGAGCAAAGGUCCGUGAUGUGCAGAGGCGAAUCGACCUCGCAAAUCGUCUGUGCGUUUGAAAUAGGCGCGGCUCGUUGGAUUCAUAGGAAUGGUCACAACUAUUGGUCAAUCAGGUUUUAUUAGGUAAUUUUCCAAUGUUUAGUGUAGAAUUGGCAUAGUCGAAGUGAUCUGCGCUUUGCACAACAUUACUCACCACAGCAAUUUCGUUAAACAGCUUUCAAGUCUUCAGAUAAUUGAAAAUCACAUAUAAGAAAUUUAUUGACUCAUCAGAGGGUAUAAGUUUCUUAUAUAGAAUCCUAGACCAAGAUUAUUCUAUUUUAUUUCCCGGGUAUUAAAUUAUUCCAGUGUUAAAGUUUUUACUAAAAUACAUGCAAGGGAUUUUCUUCGAAGCACUAUUCCAUUUGCUGUAAAUAAUUUGGUGAUAUCGAUGAUAAAGUUGAUUGUGACGCUAGUAGACUAUUAGUGAUAAUAUUUACUCUAGCAAUAGUAUAGGAGAUAAAAGAAGUUAUUUACCCUAAUAGAUUUUAAGAUUGCAGCAAUAUUAAUAUAUACGCUGGCUUGUUGUAUUGUAAACUGCUGAAGCUUUCAUCUACAUCUUGUGUCUAUAGCUAAAGCGUUAUCUUUAACGUUUUCUAUGUUCUGUAUCUAUAACUAUGAAAUCACUGUACACAUCACAAUAUAAAACUAAAAAAAGAGUUGUGACAUUUAUAAAGCCACGGGACUAAGUUUAAGACUAAAUUUGUUUGACUGCAAAAAACCUACUGCUAGAAAUUCAUAUCUUUAGAGGUAGAUUUAUAAAAAUAUAAUACCUCUAUUAUUUCAAUUUCCACUACUACCAUUACGACUUUCUUUUGCUGCAUAAGUUAUUUUAUUACUAUACAUAUAUUCAUGUAAAUAGGUUCUGCCGUUUUUAUAUGACUAGGUAGCAACCGUGUUUCACCCUUCACAUUAAAUUAGUAGGGUGCAAAGCGUGCCACCAGCGCUUCUGCGAAUAAUACGUCCUUUGCUGCUUCCAGAGCAGCAAAGGACGUAAGUGCUACAAAAAAUAUAUAAGUCUGUGCGGCUAAUUCCAUGCCAGUGUCGGGUGACAGACGUGGCAAAUUGAGCACGAAAUAAAAAUAAAUUGUUCAUUUACUCUCAGUCUAUAGGAGGUGGUGGUCGCCAUAAUUGUCCGUGGCUAGUUGUCUUGUUUCUUUAGUUCCUGUGGCUGAGUGGCUACGAAAAUAUGUUUUUAAGUAGAGACUUUUGGAUAUUCUAUCUAUUAUAUGAUUAAGGCUGUGUAUCGCAAUUGCAGUGCUAAGGUCUACCUGUAGACAAGCAAGUUUGUGUGACGCUAUUGCAAUUUAAUUUUUUUUAAUAAUAAAUCUUUAGCUGAUGUACUAUUUACAGUCCAUUUAUUUAAAAUCAUGUAGGUAGGUAUACUAUCAGAUACCUACAUGAUCAUCUAUUGCUAAAUUGUGAUAAUAAUUAUAAUAAAUAAUGUGAUCAUAAUGUGUGUGUACUUACGUCCAUUCCAUUUAAGAGAGCAAUAAGUCGUAUUUAUAAUGUUUAAAAUAAAUGGAUUAUAAUUAUUUUAUCAGCUAAAGAUUCAUUAUUGUUUAAAAUGUUUAACAAAAAUUAGUAACCUAAUAUAAUUAACAUCAAAUCAAUAACAACCACAUUUUUCGUAUUCCGUAAAGCCCAUUGUUAACAAAAAACACAAUGUUAGCUGAGCAAUGUCGUCUACCUAGUAUAUGAUAUCCACGAAGGGUUUUGAGUAGGCACCGGAUGUAAUUUUUUAUCUUUAAUCUCAAUUUCGAUCACAUUAAAUAAAUAAAUAGUGAAUUCGAAAUUACGUGACUUGAGAAUUAAUAACAAUGUCUAGUUGAUAAAUUCCGUAUAUGUCAAUUAUCAUACGUCAAAGUUAGCGAAUCGACUGCUGCAGGCUAAUUCACUAACUUUGACGUAUAAGACUAUGUUACAAAUGUCAUCCGAUUCAACAUCCUAGUCGCGCCAGACUUACGUGAUUUGAAAGAUGAAUCUUUUAGAACCGGUAGUCCUAAACAUAGAAAGGAAUGGAUAUACUCGCUAAACUGAAAGCGGGCCGUUUUACUGAUAUUUUAUAUAUUUUACAGGAUCUCGCUCUAUACCUGACAACCAACGGUAAAUGACAUUUGUCAGUUGAUUUGAUGUUUAUUUUAAUAGGUUGUUAAUAAAGACCAAAUUAGUAAAUUAGCCAGCAGUACGCCUUAUCGUACAUCUUCUUCAUGAGAUAGAAUGUCAU